UGCUGUCAGUCACUCUGUCAAAAAAUCAAUAUAAUUGCGUUGUAUCCCGAUUUACAAAAGAAAAAACUGUUAGGGAGUGCAAGAAUUAUCUACGAAUUUAAGAGUUUGAAAAAAAUGGCGUACCUAAUCCCUAAUUUACGUAGAUGCUUUUGCUUAAACAGCUCAAAUAACAUCAACGUUAUACAGACUGCUGCGUAUCAUGCAAAUGUUAUUGAUCACUAUGAGAAUCCUCGGAAUGUGGGAUCUAUGGAUAAAAAAGAUAAAAAUGUUGGCACCGGUCUCGUUGGCGCACCUGCAUGUGGAGAUGUAAUGAAACUGCAGAUCAAAGUCGAUGAAAAUGGUAAGAUUAUUGAUGCCAAAUUCAAGACCUUUGGUUGCGGAUCUGCAAUCGCCUCCAGCUCUCUUGCUACUGAAUGGGUUAAAGGCAAAACCGUGGAUGAGGCUCUGAAACUGAAGAACACUGAUAUAGCUAAAGAAUUGUCUUUACCCCCGGUGAAGCUACACUGUUCUAUGCUUGCUGAAGAUGCUAUUAAGGCAGCUUUAUCAGACUACCGGAUUAAACAGCAGAAUCCUCAAAAGGAAUAGAGUGGACGGAAUGUGAUGGCUUUGGAACAGAUCUGUGAUUGAAAAAAGAAUAUGAUGGAGUUUGUUUAGAAUUAUAGUUUUAGCU